AAACGUCAUGGGAUCAGUUUUGACCCCAUAUGGUAAUCUACGUCGCAAAAAAAGGUACGGUGGUUUGAGGGUUAAGAGAGAUAUCGGCUGGUUCAUAUUGCACUGUAAUAACAAAGCUAUAAAAGCAGUACUUGUCUUCGUACAUUACCCUUGUAUACUCUCAACAUGACCUGAUUUGUCAUUUUCCCUUUCCAGGGAGUUCCUGGGAACGGGAAGUUCUCGACCCUUGAUGAGCUGAUCCAGACCCUGACCUGUAUCGUCUUCAUCAGCAGCGUUCAGCACGCAGCCGUCAACUUCGGACAACUUGACCAGUUCGGCUUCGUACCCAACAUGCCACUCAUGCUGUUCAAGGACCCACCUAAAACUAAGGAUCCAUUGACGGAGCAGGAUGUGCUAGAUGCGCUUCCGUCCAAGACACAGGCCGUUGUGACCAACGUUUUCGCGCAGACCCUGAGCGAACGUGCGACACAGCCUCUGGGAGACUUUGAGGUUGAGUACCUUCGGGGAGAUGAAGUCGACCAAGUCAUCUUAAAGUUUCAACAAGAGCUGGCCUGCAUCUCAAGCAUCAUCAAGUAUAAAAACAGGAAGCACCGUUUCCAGCCGUACGAUUAUCUAGACCCCCAAAACAUCCCCAACGCCAUCAGUAUCUAGACGUCUUAGCAAAGCUGGAUAAUUUGCUGUAUUCAAAACAUACGUUUGGUAUCUUCGUGUGGGGUAGACUUGAGCAUUUGUUUAAAGGCAAAGGUAUGGUGCGGCCAUGUUCAUUUGAUUGUAUAAAAUACAUCUUCUCAGAACUUAAUAAUAUUUCGAGCGUGUAUGCGGAAGUUGGCAAGAGAGUUGUCUUUAUUUUAGAAUCUAAAGGCUUAACAAACGACUUGACAUACAUGAGUAUGGUAUAUAUACUAUUUUUUAAGUCUUAGCAUAAAGUUCCUUUUCAUAUAUUUUUGACAUUUGAAUCGACUGGUAUUUUUCCACUGAGUACAUGUAUCCAUUUUCAGUUUUUCAAUCAUAGCAUGUGUUUGCCAUCUUUGGCGGCUUCUUUGUAAGAUUUACAGCAAGGUCAAAAAUCCUCUUUUCGGAUGCGAAAUAAAAUUAAUGCGCGUGAGUGUGUCCUUUGCACAGUCUAAUUACAUGGUCUAUAUAUGUGAUAAACACUUGUAACUAGGUCACCUAGAUUAACUUGAUACGAUGCUUUAGUGUAGAAACAUCAUAAUAUUUUUAUUGAUUUUCAAUCGGUGAUGUUUGUUGUCGGUCAAUCUAAAUGUAGAAUUUGAGUUAACACUUUAAAUGAUAGAAAAAUGACGUUGAUAUCAUCAGGGAAACGUGGUGGGUAAAGAGUAUAAGGAAAAUUACAAUGUAUAGUCAAGUAUACAAUUCGAAUUGUUUUCUUUCUUGGGACACAUUCAUAGAUUAGCGUAUUAUUAAUAGAAUACUUCCAAAGAUAUACCAGCUUUACGGUCAUGUUGUGUUGGUGUGGCAUUGAAACUACAACGUGGUGAUGGUCAAAUGUUUAAUAAUUAUUAUAUAUGUACCCAGAAAUUAUACUUUCAUCUUAAAAAAAAUCAUGAAUAAAAUACAAUGUGUUCAUGUUGGAAGAGUAGUUUCUUAUCAUAGUAUAGAGUAUAGAUAAGAAAAUAAUUGGCGGCAAAAAGUUUUAAUACGCCACUCACAAUAGCAAGGAAUAGCGUGGUCAUUGAUACCGAUAUUAAUUUAGGAAAAUGUCUUCAAUGUUUUGUUUUUACUCAGUAUGUUUUUCAGCCUAUUUCAUUAUUUUUGCAGUCUGCGUGUGAUGUCAUCCAUAAAAUUUACUUGCUGCGGCCUGAUAAUACAACAACGUUAACGUACUCCAGACGUGUUGUUUGAGAAAAAUGUAAUCCGGUAUCAAGGGAGUCAGUUUGUCGUCGGUAUGGUGUUCGUGUAUUUUUAAACGCUCCAACAACGUGCACGGAAAUAGUAAAAUCACCGUGUACCGUUGCAGUUCUAGUAAAGAUUAAUAGACGACGCUCAUGAUCGAUGAGGACAAAGUUUGGAUGCUGCUUGAUAAUUGCAAUUCUAGUAAGAAAUGCCAGAAGACGCUUAUAUGUCAUCGGAAUGAAGCGUCUUUGAUAGAAGAUGGAAAGUUGCUUGCAGGCCUCGUUUAUGCCUGUGAUGCACGUUCAAAGAGACAAACAAAAGAAAGGGCAUUAAAAAAAUAAUAAUAUAAGAACUCGAAGCAAGGUUGUUUGCUACUUUCUAGAAGCGAUGUCAUGUUAUAUGGCUAGACUGAUAAC